UCACUUCCUGUAUGAGCGUACCAAUGAUUUUCAUGCGGCUUACACAAAUGUGUGCAUCUGUCAGCCAGAGGUGAACAUGGCAGAAGUCUCGGAGAGGACACUACAGGUCGCGGUCGUGGUUUCGUUCGCUGCCGGCUUCCUGGCGGGCUGGCAGGCGAACAGGAUGCGGAGGAAGUUUCUGGACUGGAGGAAGAAACGGCUGCAAGAGAAACUGUCAGAGACUCAGAAGAAGCUGGAUCUGGCUUGAAUGGGGUUCUCUGGUGUUCUGUGUGAAGCUGCUGGAUCCUGGAUGUGCCACACGUCUGUCACUGUGAGAACACACCUCAAGAUGACCUACCUGUGUGCUGCACUACACUUUUCCCCACCAAACCUUUUUAAAGCGAGGCUGCACUUGAUAUUCACUGGAGUCUAUGGAAAUACAAUUAUUACCUACAUACAGCAGCUUCCUUUCUGCCCUGGGACACUGACAUGGAAGAAGUUGAGGAUCUGCCUUCAGUGGUUUUCCGUUCCAGUGUGUGUCAGUUUCUAUCUGUUUCAUAUCUGGUCAAAUAAAUUAUUGGUGUUUUUCA